CCACCAGGCUGAAGACCUGGAUUAUCUGAUCUGUACUGAAAGUGUGCCGUUACUGUUUGGGAAAAAUAUCAUUUUACAGUGAAAAGUGACAGCGUUGUGGAGUUUAAUCCUGCCAGAAUCUCAAGCCUGCAACUUGAAACUUGCAUGCCAUGGAACACACACUAUUUGGCUGCCUGCGCAGCCCCCAUGCCACCUCUCAGGGCUUACACCCCUUUGCCCAGUCUUCUCUUGCCCUUCAUGGAAGAUCCGACCAUAUGUCCUACCCUGAUUUAUCCUCUUCAUCGUCCUCUUGCAUAUUAACUGGCUAUCCCAAUGAGGAGAGCAUGUUCGGGAGUCAGCAUCACAGAGGGCAUCAUCAUCACCAUCAUCAUCAUCACCAGCAUCAACAGCACCAGACCUUGCAAUCAAAUUGGCACGUUCCUCAGAUGUCAUCUCCUCCUGCCUCUACCAGACAUAGCCUUUGCCUUCAGCAGGAAUCUGGACCUCCAGAUCUAAGUGGAAGCCCCUCUAUUUUGUGUUCAAAUACAUCUAGCCUGGGCACUAACAACUCAACGGGUGCAACAUGUGUGACAGGGGACUAUGGCAGACAGACCCUAUCCCCUGCAGAAGCAGAAAAGAGGACUGGUAAAAGAAAAAGUGACAGCUCAGAUUCCCAGGAAGGAAGCUACAAGUCAGAUGUGAACAGUAAACCAAGGAAGGAAAGAACAGCAUUUACAAAAGAACAAAUCAGAGAGCUAGAAGCUGAAUUUGCUCACCACAACUACCUGACAAGAUUGAGAAGAUAUGAAAUAGCAGUGAACUUGGAUCUUACAGAAAGACAGGUCAAAGUUUGGUUCCAAAACCGAAGAAUGAAAUGGAAGCGAGUAAAAGGGGGCCAACAAGGUGCUGCCGCUAGAGAAAAGGAACUGGUGAAUGUAAAAAAAGGAACUCUUCUACCUUCUGAGCUUUCUGGGAUCAGAUCAAGUAGUCUUCAGCAUACAGCUGACUCAUUAACCAAUGAUGAUAGCCGUGAUAGUGAUCAAAGCUCUGAACAUGCACAUUUGUGAUUCCAAAAAAACAAAAGACUUUCAAGCAGUUUUGUUCUCAGGAAGAAAUUGCUACAUGGCAAGACUUAUUCAAGCAAUGUCUAUGUACACAGAUAUUCUGCUGAACUAAUCUGUUUGUAAUUUUUUUUUGAAGAGUUUACUUAAAUACCACACUAAUGUCUUAAAUACAUGAUUAUGAAGAAGGAAAACUGGUUUGGAACAUUCCAACACUUAAAUGAUUACAAAGCUGAUGACUAUGGGCAGGUAUACUUGCUUUAGCUUGCACUGAUGUUUACUCAGAAAACAGUUUACUUAAUACAAAGAUAGUUUUCACUUUCAAAAAGGCAGUGAUAAAAAUCUGCUAUUUUAUAAGCAAAACGAAAACAAACUAAAUAAAUAUAAAUUUUUAGCUCUGUAAAUAUUCAUAUCGCAGUAUCACUAUGUUCACUACUUUUGCAAUGCAUUCAUGUAUGAAGUAAGCAUUGAACAAAAAAAGACAUUUCAAUACGACUUGUAUCCUUCUCUCUUUAACGCUCUUCAGUCCUGCACAUGAGUUCAACUUGGAAAUAUUUAUAUUAUUAAACUGGCUUCCUCAAGGAGAUGUAGUUUUCUAUUGUGAUGUCAGGAAUAUCCAUACUUAUCUGCCACUUAUCUGGCCUAACUGUAUUUCUAACAUCUGCUAAAUGAAUGUUACUGAGACUAGAAUAUCUUACUUUGUUACUGCAAACAAAGACAAAAUCAAAUUUACAGUUCAACAGAAUGGUGAACAGUUGCCACAGAUAAUGCAGCUCCCUUGGAACCCUUUUGUGUAAUGCUGUGUAACAUUGAAAGUACUUUUCCAUUAUUCAGACCAAGACGAGACCAGACCAAGAAAAAAAAAAAUAGUUGUUAAAAUUAGAGACAAGAAGAAUAUUAUAUUUUAUGCAUGGCCAUCCACUUGUUCUAACUUUAAAGGCAAAUGCUCAGGGGAAUAUUUUUGAAAGUCAGUGGCAUAAAUAACACCACCCACGGGACAGCACCGCAAAAGCCACCAGAUCCCCCGUCACCGUAUCUGCCAGGGUUUAAACAGAGCUUUCGCACCUUCCCGUUCUGGCUGGAAUAAAUCAAAGAUGGUCAUGCUUGCCACCUGUCGAACGUACAGCCAUCUUUGAUUUUUUUCCAUUGAAGUUUCAGCAAGGUGGAAGAGGCAGAGAGAGAGAUAAGCACAGUUAGAAGAAAAGUGUGGUAUUCAGCUUGGUGAGAAAAUGCUUUCAAGCUAUCAAUGCAGUGCCGAGUGGCCAUUUCUGCAGUCAUUUUACUGUCAAGUCUGGAGUUAAUGGAGACCAUUGAACAUAUUUGCAGUGAUCUUAAUGGCAAGUCUGGGAUUUUUUGCAAGGUAUACAUGUGCUUCAUUAGUUCUCCAAGGGGGAGGGACCCCCCAUGUUUGUCUGCAGUGGGGGCCCUCAAACUCUAGUUACGCCACUGAUGAAAGUAUUGAAGUACAGUCACUUUAAAGUCAUGUACACCAUGUAGAAUAUUGUGUAAUUAUUGAAAUACAAUACAUAGCAAUAUUGUGGUGUAAAAGGAGUUAUUAAUUUGGAAAGAAACGGGUAAAACCAUCUUGACUGCCACAACUUUUUGCAUAGCAUUUUAUACCAUUUUUUCAGGCCAGAAUUCAUCAUUGCCUGAAUUUUCUGUCUUGUAGUCUGACUAGUGUGAUUUAUGGUGUACACUUUGGUUUUAGUCGGGCAUUAAAUAAAAUACAAUGAUUAUUCCUUUUGUAGUGGAUUAUCUCCAAAAUUGUGGUGCAUGGUGUUGAUUCACCAGUAAGCACUAUAAAAGAGAUUGUCGUGUAUUUUUCACUGAAUUUACUCCUUUUUGGGUGUAGAAUAUUUCACAAGGCUUUCUAAAUGUGCCCAUUUAGCAAGCAGAAGCCACAAAGACAUUAGCGCAAAGCAAAUGACUGGGAAAAGAGAUCAGAGUGUUCAGUACAAGUUAAACCAGCAAAUUCUUGACAAUUAUUGAGCACUAGCACAAAAAGACAUUUGCUCAAGGCACUGUUAUUAUACUUUGUCACUCGUUUACUGAAUUUACAGUGCAGCCAAUAGUAAAAAUCAGUCUAUUCCACAUCCUGGACUCCCACCCACAUUCACGCAAACAGAAUCUGCAGCAGCUGUGGCCAGACAGGUUAGAUGACUGUAGGUUUGGGAGGAGGGGGAAACUAAACUGGGACUAUAUGUCAGACUGGGGACUGCCUGAGGAAACAAAACAGGGAUCAGCCAGGGGAGACAGACAAGGCAUAAAUGGGCUGGAUAAAUUAGCAGGUGAUCAGUGUAACAGAUUGGGGGUCCAGCUGAGGAAACAAACAGGAGAUCAGGAAGAGGAGACAGACAGGUAUCAUUGGAUUGGGGAAAUUAGCAGAUGAUUUGUGUGAAAGAUGGGGCAAUUCAGCUGAGGAAACAAACGGGAUCAGGACGGAGAGACAGGCAGGAUAUGACUGAACAUGGAUUCUAAAGAUCUACGAAUACAUAAUAUUUCAUGCAACUCAUUCACAAGCAAAACCAGCAGAGCCUUGAGGUCCCUCUUAGUCUAGGUAGUUGAAAAGUACCCAAACUACUCACUUUGUUUGCAUAAAGGUGGAUACAAAACAAUUAAGGUUGCACUUAUUAAUGUGUACUGAUUAAAAGAACAAAGCCAAAAUAAAAGCUAGCAAUGCAUUGUCUUUACUUUGUAAAAAAUGUUCAAUAAAAUUCUCUUUAACUACCA